AUGGCUCGAUUGAUACGAAGCGAUAUUAGACACAUAUCUGAUGCGACUAAUAACGCGGACUCGUUCCGAGUAUUAAGGGGCCGUGUGAGUGUUUUAAAGAUAGCUCCGGAUGCACAAUUUAUGUUGUACCUGGAGCUGGCCGGAUUUGGUGGAGCGGUGGCGUCCGGAGACCAUACUUUCCAUUUUCCGUGCGGGGAGUGCACGGUGACCUUGGAGGAUGUUGCAGUGCAGCUUGGGCUCCCAAUUGACGGGAGUCCCGUAAUGGGAGUAUCUUCAUUCACCGAUCCGGCUGCAGUUUGCUAUCAACUCCUAGGAGAGUCACAAGAUGAUGGUGAUAAAUAUUUUUCCGGCAUAAAAUUUACAUGGCUAAAAGCCAAAAUAUGUGGAUUAUUAGCGACCGCCACUGAAGGUGAGUUGAUGUGCUCUGCUCGAGCGUACAUCAUGCAUAUGAUAGGGGCAGUACUCAUGCCUGAUGCAAACGACGAUAGUGUGUAUUUGUCGUACUUGCCCCUGCUAGCUGAUUUCUCCACUGCUAGGUCGUAUAGCUGGGGUUCCGCCGUUCUAGCAACGCUGUACCGGGAGCUUUGUCGGGCGACAGAGCCGCAAGUUAACAUCGGCGGAUGCCUCAUACUGCUACAGUCAUGGGCGCUUUAUCGGAUGCCGUUUUUGGCACGCGUUAGUCAUCAACCCUAUCUGUAUCCACUGCCACUCAGGUGGAUGACUCGUCUAGGCAUCGAGAAGUCGAGUGAUGUCCCGAUAUACUGCCUCAGGAUUGAACAGCAUGCCCGGGAAGGGUUUAUAUGGAUGACAUACCGGAGGCCAGAAAUUACAAAUGUUGUACCCUCGUUCGCACUCAUUGAUUCCCACAUAUGGUAUACUAACACACCAAUUAUAAAUUUCAAUGUCGUCGAGUGGUAUCACGGCGAUCGGGUGCUUCGACAGUUUGGUUGCAUCCAACCUAUCCCGGAUCCGCCGAACCAGUUGGGGGAUGAUCACGGCUUGACAAAGAGAGGAAAAGUUCAAUUGGAUUGA